AUGUCAACAGAGACAACCUCAAUAAUGUCGUCUGCCACGAUGAUGGUCUUUAUGGAUAAGACCAAGGCUCAUGAUGACAAUGUGUCAGAGCAGGUACGGUUGGAAGACCAGCACGAGACAGUGGUCCAUGCGAUGGGCGGUAAAGCCCUUUAUGCUCCUAUCAAUUUGACCAAACCGGGCCUGCGUAUCCUAGACUCUGCAUGCGCAAAUGGUCGAUGGAUUAAGGACUUAAUUGCGGCUUCGCAAGUAAAGCACGAAUACGUGGGAACCGACGUCGUCGAAUCACUUUACCCGAGCCCACCUCCUGAAGGGGUGCAUUUUCUCAACCAGUCGAUCAAAGAACCCUUUCCGGAAGCUUGGAACGCAACGUUUGAUCUAGUGCACCAACGUCUUGUGAUGGCCGCCGCAGGGCCCGAGAGGACACCGACUUACGUAGUGCAGAACCUGGCCAAUUUGCUCAAGGAGGGAGGGUGGUUGCAGAUGGUCGAGGUGGCUACUACACCGCUCCCUCAAAACCCGGUUUCGCAGAACCAGUACAUCGACAUGCUCGACACAUUAUACGCGAACCUGUACGCGGGCACUAAAUACAAGAAGUCGAACCUAUGGUCUACUCUUCCCGAGGAGAUGAAGGCUGCUGGAUUGAAGAAUGUGGAAAAGAGGGAGGUCAUCGUUAGCUAUGGUGCUGCCGUAGCAGAUCCCUAUAUUCGGGAGAGGAGCCUUAGGACAGCCGUCGCGGGUGUCCCGAACUUUCUUUCUGUGCUGAGGAAGAUGCCCCGGGAUAUCUGGAAAAGCGAAUGGGAUGACCUAGAGUCCCGCCUGUACACGGACUUGAAGGAAAAGGGGGGUUACACUAAAUACAUUGUAACUUGGGGACAGAAAUAG